CUCUCACUCCUUUCUUUUGCGGAGGUGCUGCUGUGCCUUAAUCCUGUCUGACUCACACUUGUGCUAAACUCACAUUAAUUUUUAUAUAAAUACCAAUCGUGUUAUCGUUUUUUUUAUUUCCUCAUUCAUAUUUUUAAACAUGAAAGAUACUACACGCAUUCUUAAUAACGAAAGUGGCUAUGCUACCAAUGUUUUUGCUGAAAAGGAGACUCAAAUGCAAAAGGUCUGUGAAAACCUUGAACAACUUGGUUUUCUUCCUAAAGAAUUAGUCAAGAAUGAAGUCCAGUGGUUUUACAAUAACCUCAAUAUCGAUGACUACUACUUUACUCUUGAAAGUGUAGAAACUAUCUCUAACCACAUCAUGUCCCUCUAUGGUGCCAAGAUCCUUGCUUACACUAAGAAUGAAAACGUGUUGGAUAUUAAUUUACAAAAGGAAACUGAAGACUCUGCUGUCUAUAUCCACUCUUCUGAACCUGGUAUUUCUCAAGUCAAAGGUCCUCAACAUGAAAGAAUUAUUGAUGACAAGUUUUUGGACAACUCUACUCCUUCUGAAGCCUACCGUGUUGAAUCCUAUCGCUCUAGCUCCAAUGGUGGUGGCCUCACUUCUCAAAUUCGUUCUUACUUUGUUACCAAAUGUGAAUUCGAAAACACAACUCCUACUCCUGAACAAGAAACUGAUAUCAAGCAAGUGGCCGAUAAGAGCUUCUUGCUUAAGGCUACUGACUACACUCUCAAGAUUUACGAGGAUGUGAUGCAAAACGUCCUUCAACGCACAGGCCCUGUGAUUGAAAUGUACGAAGUGAAGGGCUCUCGUGAAAAGCGUCUUAUUAUUGGUUAUCGUCAAAGAAGCACAAAGGGCUUCUUCUCUGCUGUUUCCGAUUUGUACCAUUAUUAUGAUUUAUACUCCACCCGUAAAUAUGUUGAACAAUUCUCUAACGGUGUGACGAUCAUCGGUCUAUACUUGCAUCCUGUGCCUCAAUCCAAGGCUGCUCCUAUUGAACAUUCUAUUUAUCAAGUCAUGAAGGAAGUCUCUCUCUUGUACUGUUUGCCUACUACACCUCUUCAACAAUACUUUCAAACCAAUAAGCUCUCUGUUCAAGAAAUGGCCUAUGGUUAUGUUGGUUGGAUCUUUGCUCAACAUUUCCUUAAUCGUUUGGGUAAAGAAUACUUGAGUUUGACUUCUGUUCUGGACCGUGCAAACCCUGUUCACGAGGAAGUCCUUUCCAAGUUGAAGAAGCGUCUUCGUCAAGAUACUUUUACCCGUGAAUACAUUCUCGAUAUUAUGAAGAGAUAUCCUGAAUUGAUCAAGGUUCUCUAUGCUAACUUUGCCACUACUCACUAUGUCAACCAACGUGAAGCUACUCUCCAACCUACUAUCUCUUAUCAACGUUUGACUAACAUGGAAGUCUUAUCUGUGGAUGACAUUAACAAGCGCAUCAAAUCUGUUACUACCAAUGCUCAUGAACAAUUGGUCUUUGAAUCUUUCUUGACCUUCAACAAACAUGUUCUCAAGACUAACUUCUACCAAACUACCAAGGUCGCUCUCUCUUUCCGUAUGGAUCCUAAAUUCUUGCCCGAAAUUGAAUACCCCACACCUCUUUAUGGUAUGUUCUUGGUGGUUGGUUCUGAAUUCCGUGGUUUCCAUCUCCGUUUCAGUGAUGUUGCUCGUGGUGGUAUUCGUAUGAUUCGUUCUCGUAACAGAGAAGCUUAUUCUAUCAACUUGCGUACUUUGUUCGAUGAAAACUACAACUUGGCCAACACACAACAGCGUAAGAACAAGGAUAUUCCUGAAGGUGGUUCUAAAGGUACUAUCCUUUUGGACAUUGACCAACAAGAUAAGCCUCUUGUUGCUUUUGAAAAGUAUGUCGACUCUGUACUUGACUUGUUGAUUGAUGGUGAAACUGUGGGUAUCAAGGACAAGUUGGUUGAUUUGACUGAAAAGCCUGAAAUACUCUUCUUUGGUCCUGACGAAGGCACUGCUGAAUACAUGGAUUGGGCUUCUCAACAUGCUCGCAGACGUGGUGCUAGCUUCUGGAAGGCUUUCACUACUGGUAAGAGUCAAUCUUUGGGUGGUAUUCCUCACGACACUUAUGGUAUGACAACUCGUUCUGUUCAUCAAUAUGUUUUGGGUAUUUACCGUAAGCUUGAAUUGAAGGAAGAAGAAUGCACCAAGUUACAAACCGGUGGUCCUGAUGGUGAUUUGGGUUCCAACGAGAUUAAGAUCUCUAGUGACAAGACAAUUGCUAUUGUUGAUGGCUCUGGUGUUCUUUACGAUGCUGCUGGUAUUGAUCGUACUGAAUUGAGCCGUUUGGCCGGAUCUCGUUUGAUGAUCAGCAACUUUGAUACUAGCAAGUUGAGUCCUCAAGGCUUCCGUAUCCUCGUGGAUGAAGACAAUGUCACUUUACCUGAUGGUACCGUUGUUGAAAACGGUCUUUAUUUCCGUAACACUUUCCACACCAACCCCUUGGCUCAAGCUAGUGUCUUUGUUCCUUGUGGUGGUCGUCCUGAAUCCGUUGGUUUAGAUAAUGUUCAACAAUUGAUUGAUUGUGGUAACGGUCCUCUCUUCAAGUACAUUGUUGAAGGUGCCAACUUGUUCUUUACCCAAGAAGCCCGUCUCCGUCUUGAAAAGGCUGGUGUUGUCAUCUUCAAGGAUGCUUCUGCUAACAAGGGUGGUGUUACUUCCUCUUCUCUCGAAGUCUUGGCUGCCUUGGCCUUUAACGAUGAAGAAUUCGACAAGCACAUGUGUGUCAAGGACGGUGUCGUUCCUGCAUUCUAUGAAAGCUACGUCAAGGAAGUCCAAAAGAUCAUUGAACACAAUGCUGCCAUUGAAUUCGAAGCUUUGUGGCGUGAACACCAACGUACCAAGUCACCUAUCUCAAUUCUCUCUGAUGAACUCUCUAAUGCAAUCGUUCAACUUCAAACUCAAUUACAAGGAUCUGGUCUUUGGGAUAACGAAUCAUUGCGCACAACUGUCUUGACUCGUGCUUUCCCCAAGUUGCUUCUUGAGACUCUUGGUCUUGCCAAGUUGUUGGAACGCGUUCCUGAGACUUAUGUCAAGGCCAUUUUUGGUGCCUAUUUGGCUUCUCAAUUCGUCUACAAGUAUGGUGCUCAUCCCGACAAUUUUGCCUUCUUUGAAUUCAUGCGUGAGAACUUUUAGAUUGUGAAAUCAUUAUAGCAUAUUCAUUUUUUCUUGUAUUAUAUCAUUUCCAAAAUAAACA